AUGUACGCCAAAGGCAAGAGUAGCAGCGUGCCGUCCGACAGCCAGGCCAGAGAAAAGUUAGCUCUGUAUGUGUACGAGUACCUGCUGCAUGUAGGAGCACAGAAGUCAGCACAGACCUUUCUCUCAGAGAUCCGAUGGGAGAAGAACAUCACAUUAGGAGAACCUCCGGGGUUCCUCCACUCAUGGUGGUGUGUCUUCUGGGACCUGUACUGUGCGGCUCCAGAGAGAAGAGACACAUGUGAACACUCCAGUGAGGCCAAAGCUUUCCAUGACUAUAGUGCUGCAGCAGCUCCCAGCCCCGUUCUUGGGAAUCUUCCCCCAGGAGAGGGCAUGCCAGUGGGGCCAGUCCCUCCAGGAUUCUUUACGCCGUUUAUGUCACCUCGAUACCCUGGAGGACCCAGACCACCUCUCAGAUUACCCAAUCAGGGACUUGGGGUCCCAGGAGGCCAGCCCAUGUUACCCAGUGGUAUGGACCCCACAAGACAGCAAGGACAUCCAAAUAUGGGAGGACCAAUGCAGCGGAUGACUCCACCCAGAGGCAUGGUACCACUGGGGCCCCAGGGUUAUGGAGGUGGGAUGAGACCACCACUGAAUGCCCUGGUUGGUCCCGGGAUGCCUGGAAUGAACAUGGGACCUGGUGGGGGUAGACCCUGGCCAAAUCCUCCAAACUCCAAUUCUACCCCUUACUCUUCUGCUUCUCCGGGAAGUUAUGUGGGACCUCCAGGAGGAGGAGGGCCACCUGGGACCCCAAUAAUGCCAAGUCCAGCAGAUUCAACCAACUCUGGAGACAACAUGUACACUAUGAUAAACACAGUCCCUCCAGGUGGAAGCCGACCAAAUUUCCCUAUGGGUUCAGGUGGUGACGGUCCACUAGGGGGAAUGGCAGGAAUGGAGCCUCAUCACAUGAAUGGAUCAUUAGGGUCAGGUGAUAUGGACAGUCUCCCCAAGAACUCUCCUGGUAACCUAAGUAUGAGUAACCAGCCCGGGACCCCAAGGGAGGAUGGAGAGAUGGGAGGAAACUUCCUUAACCCUUUUCAGAAUGAAAGUUAUUCUCCAAACAUGACGAUGAGCGUGUGAAGGCUCUGGAUGCAGGUUUGGUUCAGUCGCCAAGUCACCUGGAUCAGUAAAAAGCAGAGAGACAGGAUGUGAUGUCAUCUAGGCCAGUGACUCUUCCUUCACCACCACCACCACCUGCCUAGUUAGAACAUUUGCCCUAGGCCCUGUCCUCCUACUAUGCCCCAACCCAACCCCACCCCACCCCGCCAUUGUUUCCGCCCAAGUCUCUGCUAUCCUAUUUCUUUUCCCGUUCAAAGUGGUGACUCUGCUACAUUCAUCAGUUCUUCCUCUGCAACUAUGAGACUGUACAAAGCAAAUUAUGAAAAACUGCCCCAGUAUGAGUAUCCUUUUGGAGGAUUUUACAUUCUGUUGACUGCACAAAUGCAGUGUAAUGUUUAAAAAUGGCAAAGCAAAAAUAUAUUAGAUUUUUUUUAUGUGACUAUGUUAUCAAACAAAAGGGGACACUGAACCUGUGCAUGUUGUCAUAUGAUUUGUUAUGUUGUUUUUUUGUAGCUGAGGCCUCUCUCAUCUCUAGUUAUUUAAACAUUUAUCCAAGUGAUUUGACAUUUUACAUAUUGGAGUCACAGUUGCAAAAUUGAUACAACAGCCCACAUUCUCUGGACAUAACAUGUUCAAGAGAGAGAGAAAACAAAGACUGAUGAACAGUAAGAGUGAUUACUGUAAGACACAAGCUUAUGAAGUUACUUCGGUCACUCAUACUUAAUUGCCACCCGGAUAAACUGUGAUCUCAGUGUGAUGUGAAAGGUUGGUUGGUACAGAAAGCAAAAAUAAGAUUGUUUUUAAUUAAUGUUUAACAUUUUUUUCACUGCCCAAGAUGUAUUAUCAUCAUGUAGAAAAGGUUACUAUGCCUGUGAACAUUUUCCUCUCCCCUCCCUUACUGCAAAGUGUACAGCUCACAAAUGUAGCUCCUCUGUCUUGUAUGUGUAUUUGAUAUUAUUAUUAUUUAAAGAAAAAUCUGGAGAGAAUUAUUUGCAAAGGGAGGGAUAGACUGAUGAUGCACCACCAGAACUGAACAGAGAUAUUAUUAUAUUUUGUUUUUGUGUUAGAUUGAAGCCAUAAUUGGGAGUACAAGAAGAUGCAUUUGUAAAUUGGAUCAUGUUUUCUGUUUUGUGGCAGUAUGUGGGACUCCAUUUGUGAUGUUAAUUUUCUCUUUUUUAUUCUUGUAUUAUGUUUUUGUAAAUACACAGAGAAGUAUUUCAUGGGUUUUGAAUAUGCUAGUAUAAAGCUUCUCUUCCCUUA